CUUAUAAAUAUUUGCGUAUUCAAAUGAGGACCCGCCCACGUUGCCAUGGGGCCCAGGCCGCAACCCCGCAGCCGGAAGAACAGCCUGGAGUAGGAGACAGCGCCUGGCGGCGGAGGGCGCCCAGGGCCGAGCUGCCAGGGCCGGACACCUGGGGCUGAGCCCUCAGUACAGUCGGGGUUUCACCGUGUUAGCCAGGAUGGUCUCCAUCUCCUGACCUCGUGAUCUGCCCGCCUCAGCUUCCCAGAGUGCUGGGAUUACAGGCGUGAACCACUGCGCCCUGCCAGACAUCUGCAUCUUUAAGGGGCAACACUAGCAGGUUACAUGUGAAUGGACCCAGGCUGGGACAGAUCCCGUGGGCCUCGGCCGAGCACCUCCAGCUUCCGGGUGCGGGAGCUGAGCUGGCAAGGCCUGCACAACCCCUGCCCACAGAGCAAGAGCCCUGGCAGCCAGAGGGACAGCCUUGGAGAGCAGCUGGUGGAAGAGUACCUGUCCCCUGCGCGACUACAGGCCCUGGCCCAGGUGGAUGACCUUCGGCUGGUGAGGGUGCUGGAGAUGUGUGUGGACACCCGUGAGGGCAGCCUGGGGAACUUUGGAGUGCACCUGCCCAUCCUGGACCAGUUGAAGCUGAACGGCAGCCACCUGGGCUCCCUCAGGGACCUGGGCACGUCUCUGGGCCACCUGCGGGUGCUAUGGCUGGCUCGCUGUGGCCUCACUGACCUGGAUGGCAUUGCCUCUUUGCCAGCACUUAAGGAACUCUACGCCUCCUACAACAACAUCUCGGACCUGAGCCCACUGUGCCUGCUGGAGCAAUUGGAGGUGCUGGACCUGGAGGGCAACAGCGUGGAGGACCUGGGGCAGGUACGCUACUUGCAGCUGUGCCCACGCCUGACCACGCUUACCCUGGAGGGCAACCUGGUGUGCCUACAGCCGGCCCCCGGCCCCACCAACAAGGUGCCCAGGGGCUACAACUACAGGGCAGAGGUGAGGAAGCUCAUUCCCCAGCUGCAGGUCCUGGACGAAGUGCCGGCUGCACACACAGGCCCACCGGCCCCCCUGAGGCUGAGCCAAGACUGGCUUUCGGUGAAGGAGGCCAUCAAGAAGGGCAAUGGCCUCCCCUGGCUGGACUGUCCCCGUGGAGCCCCCAUCCGGAGACUCGACCCCGAGCUGUACCUGCCUGAGACGCAGCCCCGGGCCUCCAGGCCCUGGCCCUUCUCCCUGCUGGUCCAUGGGGGCCCCCUGCCUGAAGGCCUGCUUUCUGAGGACCUGGCCCCAGAAGAUAACACCAGCAGCCUCACCCAUGGUGCUGGCCAAGUCCUGUGUGGGAACCCCACCAAGGGCCUGCGGGAGCGUAGGCACCAGUGCCAGGCCAGGGAGCCCACGGAGCAGCUGCCCCAGCACAGGCCAGGAGAUCUGGCCGCCAGCACUUCCUCCCCAGAGCCUGACCCUGCAGACAGCUCUGACUUCCUGGCCUUGGCUGGGCUUAGGGCCUGGAGGGAACUUGGUGUGCGCCCCCUCCCCUAUAGGCACCCGGAGUCCCAACAGGAAGGGGCUGUAGCCCCCUGGGGCCCACGGAGGGUCCCUGAAGAGCAAGUGCACCAGGCAGAACCCAAGACUCCCCCCAGCCCCCCGAGCCUGGCCUCAGAGCCCUCCAGGACCUCGAGCCAGCACCUGGUCCCUUCCCCUCCCAAGCACCCAAGGCCACGAGAUUCUGGCAGCAGCUCCCCACGGUGGUCGACAGACCUGCAGUCCAGGGGGCGUCGGCUCCGAGCCCUGGGCAGCUGGGGGCCUGGCCUGGAUGAUGGGGUAGCUGCAGUGCCUGUCCUGAGAGCCCUGGAGGUGGCCUCGGGCCUGAGCCCUCGAGCCCAGGGACAUCCUGGCCCAAAGCCAGCACCAGAUGCAGCAGCCAGACCUCCCAGGGCAGCUGAACUCUCUCACCCCAGCCCCGUCCCCACUUAGUGUAGCUCCCACUGCCAAGCUCGCCUGUGCUGGGGCCACCACCUGCCCACAUAUGUGGUCACGGAGCACAGACCAUCUGGGCGGGUGUGUUGGGGGGUGGAAGGAGUGC